GAAAAACCGACCCGAUGUUUGUCUGCAUAUAUAUCUCAUAUGGUAUUGUAAUAUCAGGGACUUAUUUUCGCGGCAACAAAACUUAACAGUUUUGUGGCUAUAUAUUGCGCGCGUAAAAUUGCCGACUAUUUUUCUAUGUGCACAUGAUCUGUAGUGCUUGUUCCUCUUGACCCGUAUGCUGGUGAAGUGUCGAUGUGUGUAUAAGUGUGCGUGCGAAAUACCUGCAAAGUUAGUCCGUAAUCAUUAGUGCCCGCUUUUCUGCGAAGAGGGAAACGUUUGUGUUCGGAACUGUUUCUUCCCCAUCGACAAACGACGUAACAAUUUAUUGAACUAAAAUAGAAUACGUCGCGACCAAGACGCAAAAAUGUCGCCGAGAAGGACUAGACGAGGUACCAUUAGAGAGACUAUCAACGAUUCCUCUGUUAUUGAUACCAGUAUCAAAUCGACCAGUAGUCGGAGGACUACUCGUCGCGCCAACAAGAGUCAAAAAGUGGUAGAUACUGACAGUGACACCCAAAUGGAAGCUAACAGUGCUGUAGUUGAUAGUUCAACUGCCCAAAAUGUUACUACAGCAUCCACUCGUAAAAGAAGAAAAACUACUAUAGAGGCUUCCAAAACUCAAGACAGCUUUUUGUCUGCUACUCUUGAUGAAUCCAAGACUAAAAAUCGAUCAAUUAAAAAGCCAGUAAGAACUCCUGCAGUUUCUACCCGAAGAACUCGGGCAAACAAAUCUCAAGUAGAGGAUAUUCAAUUACUCAUGACUGAUGAUGAAGAUUCUAUAGUCAAGAAUAGUGAGAAGAACAAGAAGGCUAACUCAAAUUCUAUUGAAGAUUUAAUAAGCGAAGAUGAAGACGAAAUACCCAAAAAGAAAAGUAAAAUAAUAAAAUCCAAAUCAUCACUGUUACAUAAAGUGACAUCAAAAAUCAGUAAGAAUUCUAAAAAAAAACAGUCAUCAUCAGACAGUUCUGAUUCCAAUGCGGCUGCAGAUGUCACCCCAAAAAGCAGUCCUUUGAAAUUAGUUCUUUCGCCACAUCGUUCUUCAAAGACGCCUAAAAAAUCACCAAUGAAUCCUAAUUCUCCCAAGUCUCAUGUACAAGAUGUCAUUAAAAUGUUGAGUGUUCCCAGAAAACUUCAAAUUUUAGACUCACCAGCAUCAGUAUCUUCAGAUAACUCACACGUUCCUAGAAAACUUCAACUAUUAGACUCACCAGCAUCAAUAACUUCAGAUAACUCAAGCAUUUCUUCGGACUUGAAUCAUAAAAACUCUAGAAGAAAAUCGAGCAUUCAGAAACAAGAAACUAAUAAAAAUAAAUCUUCAAAACUCGAAGGUAGUCAUAGAAGAAAUUUGAAAUUUGAAACAUCAAAAAUCAGAACAACAAGGAGUAAAUCACCUAUGAUAACAGCUAUAAAAAAAAUGAUAGAAGAAAACAAAUCAAACAAAUCCAACUCAAGUUCUCCAGUCUCCCUUGUGGAUUGUAAAACUAGUAACUAUCCCUUAGUUUUUGAAGGUACUACCAAAAAAUCUCCAACCAAAGUAUCAUUUAAAGAUGUUCCUGAAGUACGUUUAUCUCCUAGAGUCAAGUUAUCAAAGUGUGUUAUUUUGGACCAAAAAUCUCAAUUGAGUAAAAAAUCUCCAAAAUCAGAUACUCUAUCAUCACUCAAUGAUAAUUCUGAUUCAUUAGUAACACGAUCUCAUACGAAAAAGAAAAAUUUUCUUUCAAAUUCAACUUCUAAAAUUGAAACAGUUUCAAGUUCUAGAAAUUCUCUUGAUUCCUUUACAAAUACCAAAAAAAGGCUCAAUAAUUCUUUGACCAAACAAAAAGAGUCUCGAAGCUUGUCAUUUAUUUCUGGAAAAAUGCCAAAAAUAUUUCUUAAUUUAGGCAGAUCCAGAAAAACGCCUGUUAAAAAUUCAUCUUUAUCUCCAUCAAAGAAUCAAAAGAUAAAAUCAAGUUCACAAAAUGUUUUAAAAGAGGGAAAUGAUUCAAAAAAAAAUUCUUUAAUUGAUUCUCUUUUGAGCUCUGAUUCUGCCGUAAGCCCCAGAGUUACUAUAAAGAGGCUGUCCCAAGAAGAAGUGAAUAAAUAUCUUAAUUUGAAGAAAACUAGUCUUGUAAAUGACACUCCUGCACAUCUUCUUGAAAAAAAAUUAUUGAGUUUAAAACCUUCAAAUACCUCAACUCCUAGAGACAGAGUAAAACGAACACUUGACACAAGUUCUACCAAAACAAAAACAAAAACCAACAGCUUAUCAGUUUUUGGUAAGUCUUUGAAACCUAAGGCAUUUAAAAAAUUGAGUCCUCAGAAGAAACCAAAUGAUGAACCACGUUUACUAGAAGACGAAUCUGAACCAGAAUAUCAUGACAACUCCCUCAUUAAUGUGAGUGAUAUUUUUAACUUGGACAAUUCAAAAAAAAAUAAUACUUUUGAAGUUGAUGAUGUUGAUUCUAAAUUGCCGUCACUAGAAAAAUCUAAAAAAAAUAACACUUAUGAACUUGAUGAGCCAAAAACUCCAGCCUUGAAAAAAAAAACAAACGAUGGAGACCAAGAAUCCAAAAAAAAUUUCAAAGUUCACUUUGAUAGUACAGCUUUCAAAACACCAUCUCGAAAACCUACUAGUAUAAGUAGAGUGAGCACGCCUGGUAAUAUACUUCACCAAAAAAAUACAUCAAGUCAAAUGAAGACACCUAUUAAUAGUCAUUCAAAUGGCAGUCAAUUACGAAGAGUAAAUUCAGUUUCUGCAUCUGAUAAAAAAACACCAAUUUCAAAAGGUGUGAGACGAUCAAGUUCAAUGUCAGAUGUUAAAUCUAGAAAAAGUACUCAUGAAGCUCAAAUGGCCUCAGUUAAUCGUCUCAGCAGACCAAAAGUUAUUGCAGCAGAAAAAAAACUAGCACCAAAAUCUUUAAUAGCCAAGAGAAUACCCAAUUUCUCUGAAAUCCACAGCAAAAAUUUUCAAAAAAUGGAAUCUGUAGUGGAUAUGAAAAAAAGAGUUGAAGAAAGACAUACAAAUUUAACUGCUAAUGUGCCUCUCAGUGCCAAAAAAGUAAAACCAAAUCAAAUAUCUAGUGAAUCAAAAUUAAAGCCAGCGGCAAAUGAUGCAGUAAAUGGUGCUAUGUACACCAGAUUUGGGUUUAAUAAAGUGAGAAAGAAUGAAGCUGUUGACAUUAUUUCUAAGAAAAAAGGAACCAGUGCAGAUUCAAGGGAGAAGCAACGAGAAAACACUAGGAGUGUCUUGAAAGGUGUGCGUUUGAAUAGGCGAUUCGAAUUUCAAAUGAAAGCGCGUUCAAAGAAUACGUGAUUGGAGUUGCUGUUUUUUUGUAAAUAUAUAACUAUGUACCAUUUUUUGUAAUCUUACAAUAAGAACAAUUGCAAACUUGACUUCAGUAAAAUUAUUACCAGGUAUGGUAUUACUGAGAGAUAUCUGUAGUGUGCUUCUUAAUUUUUUGCAAGUUACAUAUUUUUUAUUUGUAAGAUUAAUUGUUAGGCUAGUUUAAGAGGACUGGCAUGAUUAAAAUUGCAAAAAAAGGCAAGAAAAUUAUUUUACUAAUAAAAUUGUUCGGUAUUAGAACAGCAUUUUUUACAGUUACUUUUGAUGGAUUUAAUAAUCGUCUCAUAAUAAUUAGACGUGAUUUGUAAAAAAAUUGUUUAGUCUUAAUUUUUGGUUUAGAUGACAGUCCUAAAUAAAACGGUUUUUGAUCUACAUAAGAAAACCUUAUGAUAUUUACAUGAAAAACGAAUGUUGUUGUAAAACUUGAAACCAUGGUACCUAAAAAUUA